GUGUAAUGAGCAUGAUUGUUACAUAAUCUGACAAAAUUUAAGAAUGAUAAUUAUAAUAUUAUUCCCUUCUGCAGACAAAGGAUUAUUUCCUCACUGGUGUGAAGGGUUCAACCCUGCAAUCAGCCAUAACAUAUCAGAGCAUCUCUCCAAGCUUCACAAACAUUCUGUGAUUACCAUGUCACCAGAUGCCUUACUUAACAUGAGAAUUAAGGCCAUUAAGAGAGUGCUGCGUAAACAACCAUUUGAAAGAAAAUCGAAGGAUAAUGAAGUGAUAUUUAAGCACUUACAGUACUUCCCAGAACUGUCUGAUCAAGUCCCAAGGCAUGUACUCAAGGAGCUGUGUUCAGUCGCUCAGCUUGAUAAAUGUCCAGAGGAAGAUUAUGCAGUGUUUGGCAAUACAGGACUUCACCUUAUAUUACGAGGAAGUGUCAUGUCAGAAUCAUUGCGAGCAAUCUCGCCCAUAGAUAUUGACCCAGAUGGAAGAGAUUUCUUCUCUCCAUCACCUAUACUUGAAGAGGACAAACUAGAAACUGUAAAAGAACAACUCUCAGUUGGUCAGUGUUUUGGAACACUCAGCAAAGUUGAAGGAAAGGAACCCUAUUCAGGACUCCUUUCAGUUAUUUCAUUGGAGCCGUGUGAAUUCUUGAAGAUUUCCACCAGUGACUAUGCACGAGUUAUUCAGAUCAUUCAAGCUCGUGAGGAAGAGCAGAAACUGUCUUUGGCCAAGGUGUGUAAACUGUUCAGCAACUGGCCUCUGUUGUCGCUCAAGAAGAUUGCUGGUCUCAUUAAAUGGAGGAAAUUUCCACCUGGUCAAGUUCUUGUAAGUGAAGGUGAAAGAUGUGAAGUGAUAGGAUUCAUAAAGAAAGGAGAAUGUCUUCUUCGGCGUUACAUUGAAGUAGCGCACACCUUCCCAGAUGGAAAGAAGGAACAGCGUAUUAAGUCUGUGAUGAUUGGCAGACUGUCUCCUGGCGAUUCUNAUCCCAACAGCAACCUUAACAAAGUUGUGAGCAACGUCUUAUAUCACAGAGGCAUUCUUCCUGGUUACAGCAAGUGGAGUAGAAAUCCUUCGCCUUUGGAAGUUCCUGAUAAAAGACACUAAACAGUACAACAUUGCGGGUGUUGCUAGGUCUGACCGUAAAACAACAGGUCCGGAGAAACCAAGCUCCAAAACCUUAUCAUAGGAAAGACUCCAUCGGCGGCGAGAGAUUGAUUCUGAAACUUUUACGCGAAAUUAAUUUUGUCUUUGACAACUACAAGCUCGCUCAUACAACAACAACGACAACAGACUGAAACACUUCUGACCGUGCACUGAAAAUAAUGUCAUUGUAACUCCCCCAUCUGAUACACGCUUAGCACACUUGAACUGAGUUAUGGAUUUUUUACAGCUAUACAUUUUAGUUAGAAUCAUGUCUCGUUAUUCGUCACAGUUGGCACAUGCUACAUACAUUUCUACUGACAGAAAUGACUGCGGAAAACUAAAUUCUUGGAAGAUUCUAGCAUCGUAAAACUAUGUAAAGAGAGUCAUUCAACAUGCAUGUCAUGAGCAUGGGACAAAGAAAAAAACCGAGCCCCCGAAGGGAGCCGAACCCGAACAGAUCCGGGCGGGACGGUCUAACCACUGAGUAGUACUGAAUCGUUUUACCUACGCAAGUUUCCGCUAAUUUUCGGACACAUUAUGGUCUUGCCUUGCACUUCUUGUUAGAAUGUCGUCAGUGAGUAGAGACUGAGCAAUUGGCAAUUCAAACAUUGAAUUUACUACACCCCUGUUAAGCGACCACCUAUUGAACGACCACCCCUAUUAGACGGCCACUAGUCAAAGUCCCGAUGAGAGCUUUUCUAUUGUUUUUACCUCUAUUAAAUGGCCAGCCCCCUUUAAGCGGCCGCUAUCCAUUUCCCCGAGGGUGGCCGUUUAAUGAGGGUUAAACUGUACUCCUUCCUUGCUCUCUCGCCGCUCAAUUUAAACUUCCUUAAUUUACACUCUCAAAUUUUCUCUUGGGAAGUUGUCUUGCAAAAUAUAUGUGUUCUAAUACAGUACAUAGGUAUCACUGUAAAUAUUUGUAACAUACCACCAGCCUUACAAAGGCUUGGAAAUUAAUGGAAAAAGGCGACGACCUUUGCAAUGAAUAUUAAUCAAUAUAUGGCUUGGCAAUCAAGUGGAAACAAAGCACUAUAUAACAAGCGUGAAAUUUUUAAAUUCUAAGAGUAAGGAAUAUUAAAUGACAAAUUUCCAUGGGUCAAAAGACGACACCUUGUCGAAGGAAUAAAACAUAAGAUAUAAGGAAAAUGCACAUCCUGCCUAUUCUGACAAUUUAUGAGGUUAAAAAAGUGUUACAGAAAAAUAAGCCAAUGCAUGCGAGGCAUUCCUUGAUUGUGAAAUAAAAAAUAAAACAAAAUUGUGAA